AUUCCCUCAAUCAAUUCAAGGUUGUUUCGCUUCGACUGCAGAGAAGGAAGAAGACGUCUCGGACGAACCAGUGGUUUAUAAGUACAGCAACGCCACGAAUUUAGUGUAAUGUCAGAGAUCCAGGAUCCGAAAUCUGUACAGGACCUGACUGGGGUGGUCCAGACAUUGCUGCAGCAGAUGCAGGAUAAAUUCCAGACCAUGUCAGACCAGAUCAUUGGAAGAAUCGAUGAGAUGAGUGGCCGCAUCGAUGACCUGGAGAAGAACAUUGGUGACCUGAUGACCCAGGCUGGCGUGGAGGAGAUGGAGGCGGAGAACAAGGUCAAGGAGGAACAGGGCUCUGCUUAAAAGGUUUCCAUGUAACAGGAUGGUGGAGACUAAAUGGGAAACAGACCAUUUUUCAGGAGUAUUGUAUAUUUAAGUGUUUUUGUUUGAAUUAUUAGUAUUUUAAUUUACUGUGUACGUAACAUGUUUUAUAUUAACUCUUGUAAUAAUGUUCACUCUUGACUUUUUUUUUUUUUUUUUUGAAUUGAUAUUUAACUUAACUUGAGACACUAUCCUGAAUAAUGGCUCACUCAGGUGACUCGGGCUCUCACUCAGGUGACUCGCUGGGCCAGUAACUUGAUUAUGUCAACUUAGCCAAUUGAACAUUUUUUAACAAUAUUUCAACACAAAACAUUUACUGCUAUUCAAAUGUUCUAAAAACAUGUUGUGUGUUAAGAUGUAUUUACUUUCAGUGUUUUUCACAAUAAACCAGGGCUUGCAUACA